AUGGGUGCCUCUGAAAGCACUUCAAGGUCAAAUGGAACCGAGGAGGACGACCCUCAGCGAGAAAAUAACAGGCGGUCCGGUGGAAGUUCCAUGGGUGCUGGGGCCUUAGCAACAGCGGCCGUCGUCGGAGUAGGUGUCGCUGCUAUUGGCAUAUCUAGAUUGCUUUCGGACAACACCAACACCCUAGAAAGAGUACCCAUGGGCACAAACAGUACGCGGUCUCAUCCUCCUCGAGGUCCCUACAAAAUGACCACAGAUGGCGGAUGUAAUCUCGUACUUGGAGAUCGAGGACCAGGUUGGUACGGAGGAGUACUUCUCGAUCAUGAUGGUAAGUGGGUCAAAGGGUUUAGAGGUUAUGUUAGUGAGACUUAUACUCUUACAUCUGAGCUUAUUUCAAUCCAGAAAGGGCUGGAGCUUUUAGAUGAACUUGAUCUCGAAGGAGCCAUUCUUUAUAAUGACAAUGAACAGGCUUGCGAGUAUGUCAAUGGAGUGGGCGAGUACCGCGGUAGAAGUGAUGUUGUCCGUAAGUCCUGGCACAUCAUCAUCAAGUGCAGGAAUCUCGCUAACAAAAACAAUAUAGAAGUCAAGCAUAUUGGGCGAGAAGGCACCAAGUAUGCUCAUAAGCUCGCCAAAAUGGCCAUUGCGAAAAAAGAAGAAUAUGAGGAAAUCGAAGAACUUCCUUAUGAGCUAACGUUGAUUUAA